CGUAAACUUUUGUCACAAAAUGCAACCCGUCAACGAUGUACUCAUAAAGCUGUUAAUGGUUGCACUGAGUUUGCAGUGUGGCGGCUUUUUACAUGGAAUUGUGUAAUCUAAUAAAUCGAAAAAGUUAUUAUUGACGCCCGAGCACAAGUAAAAAGUGAUUAUCGGUGUGUUCAGUGCAACUCGAUAUUUCCGACUAAAUGGACACGGGAAAGUACUGAACAUGACUCCAUUGGCGCGGUGGUUCUUCCGAUAUACGAACGUUGCUGAGUAGUUCGAGGUUGCCAGACUUCAUUCGUCCAGACUGUUUUUCAUUUUGACAAAGCCAACUGCUGCUAGAAGACACGGAAUACAAUAUUUAUUUUUCUUGUGGAAAAUAGUAUGAAUUUCAUCAUGACAGUUCGCUUUAAAUUGUAAAUGUUCAUAUUAUCUAGGUAACGGUACGUUUUAACGAAGCAGCUAGCCAGAUAGCUAACGUUAGCCAAGCAGCCAGCUGGCUAACAUUAGCAUUUUUUGUCUGUCAUUUAAAAAGCUAGCACUGACAGCUAGUCUUACGCUAGUUAGCAUAGGUGUUCUCUGAAGUAGCUAACGUUAGCCGGUUAGCUAUACAAAUGACAAUUAUAGCAACAGGUUGCUAUAUUGCAGAAAUUACAAUUUAAAUAUACCCAGCAAUUUAGUUAAGCAGUGUUUCUGCUGUCAGUCUAUUAGCUAACGUUUACCUAGAUACGUUUUCUCAAAUCUGUCAUGAGUUGGCUGGCUUGUUGAUACGCGUAGCGUUAGCUCACGCUUGCUAGUUUUCUAAACAGCUCGCUGGACUCAACAAGCGGGACGAAAAUGCGGGCUUUACAUGGAAACUGAUUAACUAGCAAGCUUCAGUGGAUCAAACAAGCAGAAGGUGUUUUUCAAAGUUUGCUGCCUACGCCAUUUCAAGUUGCAGAAGAUUUUGAUGCUUCUGAACUGGGAGACAUAGACCACUUGUGGGAAACCCUAAAUCUAUCGUUGGUGCACAUGUCCAAAAAUACUUUUACGACACAGUUGAUGCUUCAAAAUGUCGGCUAUCUCUGCGUCUGAGAAAGUGGACGGGUUCACGCGAAAAUCAAUGAGGAAGGCCCAGAAACAGAAGAAAUCUCAAGGGUCGUCCCAGUUCCGAACUCAAACUUUUACCGAGCUUUCACCCUUGCCGCAGCUCAAAGAUGCACCCUCUACAGAGCAGCAGGAGCUGUUCACCCAGAAGCUCCAGCAGUGCUGCAUGCUGUUUGACUUCAUGGACUCUGUCACCGACCUGAAGAGCAAGGAGAUCAAGCGGGCCACGCUCAACGAGCUGGUGGACUACGUCUCCACCAACAGGGGCGUCCUGGUAGAGGCAGCGUAUCCGGAGAUCUCAAAUAUGAUCUGCACCAACAUAUUCCGGACUCUUCCGCCGAGUGAGAACCCUGAUUUUGACCCAGAGGAGGACGAGCCUACUCUCGAGGCCUCAUGGCCACACAUACAGCUUGUCUACGAGUUCCUCCUGCGAUUCUUGGAGAACCCAGACUUUCAGCCCAGCAUCGCCAAGCGCUACAUUGAUCAGAAGUUUGUGCUGCAGCUCCUGGAACUGUUUGACAGCGAGGACCCCCGGGAGAGGGACUUCCUGAAGACGGUCCUGCAUCGGAUCUACGGGAAGUUCCUGGGGUUGCGGGCUUUCAUCAGGAAGCAGAUCAACAACAUCUUCUUGCGGUUCAUCUACGAGACUGAUCACUUCAACGGAGUGGCCGAACUCCUGGAGAUACUGGGGAGCAUCAUCAAUGGCUUUGCACUGCCAUUGAAGGCGGAACACAAGCAGUUCCUGAUGAAGGUGCUCAUCCCCAUGCAUACCGCCAAAGGACUGGCCCUGUUCCACGCACAGCUGGCCUACUGUGUCGUCCAGUUCCUGGAGAAGGACCCCACCCUCACAGAGCCGGUGAUUCGGGGACUGUUGAAGUUUUGGCCCAAAACCUGUAGCCAGAAGGAGGUGAUGUACCUGGGGGAAAUGGAGGAGAUCCUGGAUGUCAUUGAGCCCACCCAGUUCAAGAAGAUCCAAGAGCCCCUGUUCAAGCAGAUCUCCAGAUGUGUGGCCAACCCCCACUUCCAGGUAGCGGAGAGAGCCCUCUACUUCUGGAACAACGAGUACAUCCUGAGCCUGAUUGAGGAGAACAUUGACAAGAUUCUGCCUAUCAUGUUUGGUAGCCUGUACAGAAUCUCCAAAGAACACUGGAACCCGACGAUUGUAGCUCUGGUCUACAACGUGCUGAAGACCCUGAUGGAGAUGAACAGCACACUAUUUGACGAGCUGACAGCCUCUUACAAAUCAGACAGACAGCGGGAGAAGAAGAAGGAGCAGGAGAGGGAAGAGCUGUGGAAGAAGCUGGAUGAGCUGAAGCUGAGCGACGCAGCGGCUCUGGUGCAGAACAACAGCCACGGGCUCCAGAACGCUGCCCAGAACAACAACAGCAACAACAACAAUCACCAAGAAAACCAGGAGAAGGGCACGGCUGUCAUUGCAACGGACCAUGAAGACCCUGUCGUCGCCAUGGAUACCGCAGAGAAUAUCAAGGGCGUCAAGACUGCCAAAUGACACAGGACUCCAUUUUGUACUCUGUAACGGUUUCCAGGCCGUCUGAGAACUGUCAGGGAGGGGCUUGGGGGUGAUGGGGAGGAGG